AAAACUAUUUCUUAGCGCCUACUUCAAAAUUCCACGAAACAGUUCCCGCCAAAGAAAAAUCUCUGUGACAAUAAUUCAUUCACUUUCCCUUUCUCUUUCCAGUAGUUUCUCUGAUAACAAACACCAAAAGGGUAUUAUUCUGUUAUAUUUAUUAGACAAGAAAGUGUAGAUUUUGGGUAUUAUUCAUAGAUUGGAAAGAUUUUCAAUUUUUCUACUGUUCAGCAGGUUAAGGAAGAUGUAUGCAAAAAAGGGAUAUGAGCUAGUGAAAGAAUUUUCGAGCGGCGAAAAAGGCCAACUUCAGGCAUUUAAUGAGGAUCUGUUUCAUCAAGUCAUUGGUCAAUGUGGUCAGCAUUACCUAGAGCUUCAGGCUUUGAUAAGGAAAAUGCAGGAAGAAAGUGUGGAUGUGGCAGAAACUAGAAACGCAGAUCAUUAUGGAGCGCUUACUCACCAUCUCUCUUUAAUUCGCAACAAACGCUGCUUAAUGGCGUAUGUGUACAACCGAGCAGAAAUUAUACGUAAUUUGGCAUGGAAAGUAGGGUUUGAGCUCCUUGAGCUUCCGGAAGAAAUUCAAGAGAAGCUUAAUCACUCAGAGAAAAACUAUUAUGGGAAGCAUUCUGCUGCUCUGCAAUCAUAUAUGGCAGAAAUAGGCAUCGAUUUGAAUGUGGAUAUGGUGCCACCCAAGGAUCCCUACAUCAAGGUAAGAGUCCUUAGUGAUAUGGGUGAAGGGAUAUUAUUAAGUGACAAGACGGCCAAUCUUUCCCGCCACUCAAUGCACUUUCUGAAACGAACAGAUGCUGAGCAGUACAUUGCACGGGGUAUGAUGGAAGAGCUUACAAGCUAACCUAAAAUAGCAGAAUCCAUAAAAAGAACAGAAAUUAAAGAUGUUGCAGGGGAAACCUCUUUGUUACUUAACAUGAGACUUUAAGUUCUCAGUCAUGCUUAUGACAGUAGAACUCUGCAGGGAUUUACGAUUUGUUCGGAUUUACGAAUGCCUGUGUAAUAUCUUGGGUAGGUAAUAAAGAUAUGUUUCCAGAAUUUUUCUCAUUCAAGCUGUUAGUGCUAUGAGAAGCUGUAAAAUGUAAACUGUAAACACAAAGGUUGAUAAAUAAAGAACCGCUGCCUGCCAAUCGUGGAAUUCAUCAAUGAAA